GUUUGCACCACCCCCUCGUGGACACCCCCCUCUUGGCCGCUCCCGAUGGGCUGCUACGGCGCCAAGCUCAGCGCGUGCGGGAGUGGCGAGCGGAGGUGGCAUGUGCCGUCGCCGCUCAUCGGCGUGCGGCUUGUGUGGGAGGCGAAGCUGGAGCCCGAUGCCAUCCGCCACAGCGCCAGGGUCAGCGCGUGCAGAAACGGCAAACGGGUACACAAUGUGUUGCCGCUGGCCAGCGAUAUGCGGGAUGUGGAGGUGGAGCCCGACAUAACUGCCACUCUCACAGGCCGCGAGGAGGGCGGGACUUGCCAGCAGCACGCGCCGUCGCUGUUCGGCAAGCUGCCGCGGGCGAAGACGGAGCCGCACGCUGCCGCAAGCGGCGUUGCAGCCCGAUCAAUCUCCGAUCUGGUGGCUGGGGCGUUGGCGGUUGCGCUGGAGUGCAAAACCAAUCCUUGGGCACGUUUUGCCUUCGACUGGAAUCCUGACCGCCCGUUCGGCGACCGGGCCGGCCUUUCAAGCGCUGGUUGGAGACGACCGAGAAAUUCAUGAUCUUCAAGAACUGAAGGCGCCGAGGCGCCCCCGCGCCGCCCGUCUCGGGACGGCCUCCGGGCCGAUGGUGCGCGUCUUGUCUUGUCUUGUCUUGUAAUGCAA